AUGACACUAGGCUCGGGAGGAUCCAGUGUCGUUGUUCCUCGAAAUUUCAGAUUGCUGGAGGAACUUGAGCGUGGAGAAAAGGGAAUUGGAGAUGGUACAGUAAGUUAUGGAAUGGAUGACGCAGAUGACAUUUACAUGCGAUCCUGGACAGGGACUAUUAUAGGUCCUCACAACUCUGUACAUGAAGGUCGCAUAUAUCAGUUGAAGUUAUUCUGUGACAAAGAUUAUCCAGAGAAGCCACCAAGUGUUCGUUUCCAUUCUCGGAUUAACAUGGCCUGCGUCAACCAUGAAACUGGAGUGGUGGAACCCAAGAAGUUUGGACUUCUAUCGAAUUGGCAGCGAGAGUACACGAUGGAAGACAUAUUGUCGCAACUGAAGAAAGAGAUGGCUACCCCACAAAAUCGUAAGCUCGUCCAGCCUCCCGAAGGAACCUAUUUCUAG